CAGAAUUUCGAAGAAUACCAAGUCUGCUCAAUCACCGUAGGAGUGAUUGGUGACAUUUGCCGUGCCCUGGAUGAACAAAUCCUACCUUUUUGCGAUCAAAUCAUGGGUCUCCUUAUCCAAAACCUUCAAAGCGAUGCACUCCACAGAUCGGUGAAGCCUCCAAUAUUCUCAUGCUUUGGAGACAUUGCUCUGGCGAUUGGUGCUCAUUUUGAAAGGUAUGUAGCUCCAGCCAUUCAAAUCAUGCAAGGGGCUGCUCAGGUGUGUGCUCAGAUGGACACACUUGACGAGGAACUUAUGGAUUAUGCGAACCAACUCCGGAGAAGCAUCUUUGAGGCAUACUCAGGAAUACUACAGGGCUUCAAGGACACAAAAGCCGAGCUCAUGAUACCCUACGCUCAACAUCUCUUGCAGUUUGUUGAAGUAGUAUCCAAAGAUUCCCUAAGGGAUGAGAGCGUGACAAAAGCAGCGGUUGCAGCAAUGGGUGAUCUUGCGGAUGUUGUAGGAGAGAACACAAAGCAUUUGUUCAAAAAUUUCACCUUCUGUAGUGAGUUCCUCAAUGAGUGUCUCCAAUCAGAGGCUGAAGAUCUCAAAGUCACUGCACGCUGGACUCAAGGAAUGAUCGCAAGACUCAUGCACUCAUCAUGAUAAGCCUUUUUAAGUCUAGUCUUACUCUCUCUUAGUUGUCAAAAGAUUCGUUUUGCUACGGGUCUUGGUCUUCUUUUAUCUCGUCUCCAUCGAAUGAUGUGAAUAGCGGUUACAGGGCUUAUGGGAAAGAGUAUUUUUUUUUUGUUAUUGCCCUUAGUCUUAGGCCAUCUCUGUCUUGAGGUUCUGCCUCUAUUUUGUUCUCUUGUGGAAAAUGUUAUGGCAAACUCUUUUUAAAGCAAGUACUGUAUCAAUCACAUAUCGGUAGCCGUGUUUGAGUCAA